CAUGAAAGGCUGUGUUGCUCCUCCUCAAUGAACGUUGGAAAAAUGGCGACGGCAUACGCACAAGCGAGAGUCUACCGUGCCGGCGGAUAGAAAGUGAUUUAAAGACACCAAAAUUCACCUCUAGUGCAAAGAUUGAUCGGUGCAAAGUGCACCAGAGACCGAUUAGAGAUGGCGUUGCUCAUGCACCGGUAGGAGCAAGAAGCCACUUGUUCGCUAUGGAGCCUCCGGACCGCAACAAACCGAGCAGGCAGGCCAAGCCAGCGGAAGAUGCGUCCCAGCAGAACUCCGAGGUUGACGACUCCUCUGACUUCCCCAGCGAGGAAGACGAAACUAUUUACGGCACUUCUCCUCCUUACACGCAGCGUCAGAUGAAACGCAUGUUUGGCAAACCAAAGGGCAGCCAGCCCAGGGGUACCGGACGCCCUCCAAACAAGGCAGAUGUUAGCCCAUCUGUCCAGACAGAAGGUCCCAAGCCGGCCGAGACCCCCGACGACAUCAGCUACAAGCAAGGCAAAAGGCUGAGGGCCACACUCCGCUCCACAGAGAGAGACCAGAAGAAGAGCUUCGAAGGCGCUUUCAUGUUAGAUACGAUCGGCAAGCCGGGGAACUUGGGUUCGCUCAGCAUGGAUCCGAGGAAACAUUACCUGAGCCUGGGCUGCAGCAGCUCCAAGCUGCCCGUGACUAUCCCCCACCGGACCCACCGGCAGACCUCCAGGACGGACUGCCCCGCCGACCGCCUCAAGUUCUUCGAAACGCUGCGCCUGCUGCUCAAGCUCACGUCUAUGUCCUCUAAGAGGAAGGAGAAGGAGCAGAGGGGCUUGGAGAACAUGGCCUUCAUGGGCCACAACAACGAGAUCCUGUGGCUGGAGCUGCAGGCGUGGCACGAAAGGCGCUCCACCAGCGACCAGGACGUUUUUCUAUUCACCGAGCGCAAAGUUAUCCCCGACAUCAUCAACAAGGUGCUGCACUUUAAGGUCAACUACGACAGCCUGAGAGGAGCCCAGUGUUCAGAGUCUCAAUCGAUCCAGGGUCUGUGUCAGACCGAGGAAGGAUCGUCGGCCGUAGCGGAGACCAACCACUGUGGAGUAGACUCCUGGGGCUUCAGCGCCCACUCCCCGUCGGCGAUGAACGUGGCCGAGCCUUUGGGGUCGGGCGCCGACUGCAGGGAGCACCUCCAACGCCAGCGGCUGGCCUUUGAGCAGGUCAAGAAGGUCAUGGAGCUCCUGGAGUCCGUCGAGGCGCUGUACCCGUCGCUACAGGCGCUGCAGAAAGACUACGAGAAGUACGCCGCCCGGGAUUUCCAGGGCAGGGUGCAGGCGCUCUGCCUGUGGCUCAACAUCACCCAGGACCUCAACCAGAAGCUGCGCGUCAUGGCCACCGUGCUGGGCCUCCACGACCUGUCGCGCAUCGGCUGGCCCGUCUUCGAGAUACCGUCGCCUCGCUGCUCCCGCGGCAACGACGAGGACAACGAGGAGGACGAGAACGACUCGACGGCCACGUUCACCGCCGAGAGCGACGUGGAGGACAGAGACGCGGACGUGGACGGGGAGGUCGGACACCUGGCGGAGGAAGAGCUGUCUCCCAUCCUGACGCCCAAAUUUGCCCGGCUGCUGUCGGAGGAGGAGUUCCUCCCAGCCGCCGCUUCUGGAAGCGCGGAGGCGGCGGCGGCGGCGGCGGCUGGAGGCGAGGUGUUCUGCCCCACCGCUAUUUACAGACCAUUUGUGGAUAAAGCUCUGAAGCAGAUGGGACUGCGUAAACUGAUACUUCGGCUGCACAAACUGAUGGACCGCUCUCUUCAGAGGGCGAGAGCAGCACUGCUCCGACACACUCCUGCGCUGGAGUUUGCAGACCUCCCAGACCACAUGCUGUACAGCGACUACCUGCCGGAGCUGUCCCGCCACAUAUCCUGCACCGGCGCCACCGAUCCGGAGCUGGGAGCCGACCAGGUCUCCUGGGAGGACCUGCGGGACAUGGACCUGCCGUCCUUCCGACCGGCGUUCCUCGUGCUGUGCAGGGUCCUCCUGAACGUCAUUCACGAAUGCCUUAAACUGCGACUGGAACAGAGGCCCGCCGGGGACCCCUCGCUGCUCAGCAUCAAGCAGCUGGUGCGAGAGUGUAAGGAGGUCCUGAAAGGAGGCCUUCUGAUGAAGCAGUAUUAUCAGUUCAUGCUGCGCGGCGUGGUGAACGACGCCCAGGGCCUGCAGACCAAUGCCAACAUAGACGACUUUGAAGAAGAUCUACACAAGAUGCUGGUGGUUUAUUUUGAAUAUAUGCGUAGCUGGAUCAGGAUGCUGCAGCAGCUGCCUCAGGCCUCCCACAGCUUAAAGAACCUGUUAGAGGAGGAAUGGCAAUUCACAAAGGUCAUCACUCCUUACAUCCGCGGUGGGGAAGAACAGUCUGGCGAACUUUUCUGCAACAUUGCUGGGAUGCUGCUGGAGUCCACUGGAGAGUUUCUUGAUGCUGGUUUGCAGAAAAGUGGCAAUGAAUUCUGGGAAAGUGCAGAUGACAGCACGGCCUCAGACGAGAUCAGGCGCUCAGUUAUUGAAACCAGUCGUUCCUUAAAAGAGCUGUUCCACGAGGCCAGGGAACGAGCGUCCAAGGCUCUGGGCUUUGCCAAAAUGCUCCGCAAGGAUUUGGAAGUCGCUGCGGAGUUUAGCAUCACCAGUGGGGUGCCUUGUCUCCUGGAAGCACUAAAAAUGAAAAACUAUGUCAAGGUUCAGAUACCAGGCUUGGAAGAGCUCCAAGUUUUUGUGCCUUGCGGCCUGAAGGAUCAGCGGCCCCUCAUCCUGCAGCUCCUCAACGCUGCCGCUGGCAAAGACUGCUCCAAGGAGCCCGACGAAAUGGCCGAGGACGACGCCUACCUGCUCAUGAGCAAACACGGCGCGGGGGACUCGGCCACGGAUUCUGACUGGGCCCGGUGGGACGGCGAGCUCCUCAAGCUGGUCCCGCAGAUGGAAGCCGUGGACACUAUAAGAGCUAUGAAGGUGGAGAACUUGCUGUUGAUUGUGAUGCAGUCGGCUCACCUGGUGGCCCAGCGAAAGGCUUUCCAGCAGUCCAUGGAGGACGUGCUUACCCUUAGCCGGGAGCAAACAUCCAGUCAGCCUCUCAUCGCCAGCGCUCUGGAAGAUCUCAAGAACAAAGCCCUGCAGCUAUGCAUCAAAAUAAGCACAGCCAUCGACCAAGUGGAGUACAUGUUCACCACGGAGUUCGAGGCAGAGGUGGAGGAAUCCGAGUCCACCACUCUGCAUCAGUACUACAGGGAAGCAAUGAUACAGGGCUAUAAUUUUGCCUUCGAGUACCACAAGGAAGUGGUCCGCUUAAUGUCAGGAGAGUUCCGGCAGAGAAUCGGGGAGCGCUACAUAGCUUUUGCACGCAAGUGGAUGACCUACGUUCUGACCAAAUGUGAGAGCGGAAGGGGCACCAAGCCCAGGUGGGCGACUCAGGGAUUUGACUUUCUUCAGGCGAUUGAACCUGGAUUCAUAUCUGCAUUACCAGAGGAUGACUUCCUGAACUUGCAAGCUUUGAUGAAUGAAUGUAUUGGGCAUGUGAUUGGAAAGCCUCAUAGCCCCGUUACUGGCCUGUACAUCGCGCCCAGGAACAGCCCCCGGCCUGUGAAGGGCCCCCCUCCUAUCCGCUGCCACAGUGACCCGUCAAACCCCAAUUUGUUCCUCGCUAACGCUGAAGGUUUCAGCUCUCGAAGCCUCCCCUGCGAUCUUCGGAACCAGCUGUUCCCCAACGGCCCUCGGCCCAUCCCUCAGGGCCCAGGGGAACACAGCCCCAUGAAAGCCAGCAGCAGCCCCGGUGACGUCAGGGUAUCAAGUUUCCACGAGAACGAUCGUCUUUCAACAGUUGCAGCAGAAUUAAAUUUCAAAUCACUGAGCCGCCACUCGAGCCCCACCGAGGACAAAGAAGAGCCUUCAUAUCCAAAGGCCGAUCCGAACAGCUCUGCACGCAGAAGCUGGGAGCUCCGCACCUUCAUCAACCAAUCCAAAGACACGGCGGCCCGGCAGAGCCCGAUGGAGGCCGUCCGGCGUUCCAUUCGAAAGUUCGAAGAGGAGCGCUACGCCAUGAUGAAGCAGCGGAACAUCAUCGGUCAAGUGUGUCACACGCCAAAGUCCGACGGCAUGCACGUCGGGCUCCGCAAGGUGACCUUCAAGUGGCAGAGAGGCAACAAGAUAGGCGAAGGUCAGUAUGGAAAAGUGUACACAUGCAUCAACGUUGACACUGGAGAGCUAAUGGCUAUGAAGGAGAUACGAUUCCAGCCAAAUGAUCACAAAACAAUCAAAGAGACUGCUGACGAGCUGAAAAUAUUCGAAGGCAUCAAACAUCCAAACCUUGUGCGCUACUUCGGAGUGGAGCUGCAUCGGGAGGAGAUGUACAUCUUCAUGGAGUACUGUGACGAAGGAACCCUGGAGGAGGUCUCCAGACUGGGGCUGCAGGAGCACGUGAUCAGGCUUUACAGUAAACAGAUCACCACGGCCAUAAAUGUCCUCCACGAGCACGGCAUCGUUCACCGUGAUAUCAAAGGAGCAAAUAUCUUCCUCACGUCGUCGGGCUUGAUUAAGCUGGGCGACUUUGGCUGCUCAGUCAAGUUAAGGAACAACACUCAUACCAUGCCCGGGGAGGUGAACAGCACGCUGGGAACAGCAGCAUACAUGGCGCCUGAAGUUAUCACAAGAGCAAAGGGGGAAGGUCACGGGCGAGCAGCAGAUAUCUGGAGUCUGGGCUGCGUCCUGAUUGAGAUGGUGACGGGAAAGAGGCCCUGGCAUGAGUACGAGCACAACUUUCAGAUCAUGUACAAGGUGGGCAUGGGCCACAAACCGCCCAUCCCUGAGAAGCUCAGCACGGAGGGGAAGGACUUCCUCAGCCACUGCUUGGAGAGCGAACCCAAACGCCGCUGGACCGCCAGCAUGCUGCUGGACCACCCGUUUGUCAAGGUUUGCACCGAUGAAGAGUGAACGCCACCUCCGCUUUGGCUCUUCACGUUUACAAUCUAAAGCACUACUGUACACGCUGUUGGCAGAAGAAAAAAACAAACUGUGGACACAAGAGGGAGUCGUGGCUCAAGGCACAUGGAGUUAAACUGAGGAACUAACACAUUAUCAUUUCAGAGGACAACUGGAUCUAUGAAUUAAAUAAUUGUGUCUUUAUGUAGCCUUGGUUUGGGGUGGUACUGUACAUACUGUAAGAAUAGGAUCGGCCUUAAUUCGUGUAUAAAAAUGUAAAGUUAAAGUAAUUAUUUGCCACAUUCGUUUCACUGGUGAAGACACCUCUAAAAAAGGCAACGAGGAAUCCUUUUCUUGUUUUAAUUGGACGUGGAGGACGAGGAGGAGGAGAGUAUCUAUAGCACUUUUAAACUGUUUAUCCAAGGGGACAGCAUAUAGAAAAGGAGGGAUCCUAAGUCGGUCACUAAAGUAAAAAAAAAAAUGUGGCUACCCUCUGAAUGCAAGAAGGCAAGAAUUUCCCUUUAUUAAAUGAAUGCCAUCCAUCUAUUUAAAUAUUUUUAUUACUUAUUCUGUAAGUGUGGGCAAUAAGAAGGUUUAUUUAGUGUGUUUUUUUUUUUUUUUUUUUCCGUUGCCUUUUGCUGAAGAGAAAUUGUCAAAUCGGAGCAAUGUUCAAGUCUACUGGUCACCGGCGGUGAGCUGCCCGCGUGACUGGGGCGUAGCCGACUCAGAGGGGAAAACAGGACCAGCCAUCCCUCCCUGCUGCUCAACACCACACACACACACACACACACACACACACACACACACCAAAACAUCUGGUCCUCUGCUGCUCCUACAGUGUUUGCUAUGUACAAACAAUAUUAAUAAACCAAUUAUUAUUGUU